UUCCGUUUUAUGUGUGUUCACUGGAAUCCACUCAGCGAGGACUCGGCCAGGAGCCACAGUGGAUGCGGAGGGCGUUCAGUGAAAGACUAAGGACAUUUUUAAAGGAAAUGGUUUAAUAGUAGCCCUGGUUUUCUUUGCUGUACCCUGACAUAGCUUAGUUUUAUCACAUUAUUCACAGUCUGGCCUUCAGAAGCUGAACAAAUGGCUUAGCUUGCCCGCUCGCUAUGAUAGGCUAACUGGCUACCUCAGCUAUCAGCUGGCAGACGACGGACGGACGGACGGGCGGAAGAUGCGGACUCGCUGUAUCAGUCUGACAACCAAUUUCUGUCUACAGAGGUAGCUACAAAGGACUCCAGCUAAGUUAUUUUACAGUAGCCAUCUGUUUGGCUCAGCAGCCGGGCGAACGAGCUUGAUUAUUUAGCUAGCUAUUCUCGUCGAAGUCGCUAGCCAGCCCCAUGGAGAGAAAGCAGGAGAAACUGUUUAGCCAGUGUUAGCUAGCUAGCUAGCUAUCCUGUCUAGGCUAACUAGCCAAGCUAGUAGUCGCUAGCCUUUGCAGCUUGUUCUCGCUGGUUUUUGCAAACUGACAUACAUUUGUACGUUUUCUAAUACGUCGAGCGAGGCAGUUGGGAUAUUGGCAGAAUGGCUACUGCUUCUGGUUUUUCAUCCGGCGUGAGUGGAUCCAGGAAUGGACCGUCUUUCCCUUCCUCAGCCUCGACCUCCUCCUCCUCCUCCGGCAUACCCGGCCAGGCACAGCCUAUGGUGGUCGUGUGGGAAUGGCAGGAUGACCUGGGCUACUGGCGGCCUUACAGCGGCCAGGUGAGCUGCUACAUCGAACAAUGCCUUCAGCAGCAGCGGGGGGCCAGGGCAGGUGGGCCUGCCGCCACCAGCGUCUCCCUGGGCCAAUCUGACCCCAGCUUGGCAGCCUACAUCAUCGACAUCCCCAGCCUGAAGCAGUUUCGACAAGACACUGGAAAGAUUCGCUCAGUGCGCCGGAGCCUGUUCCCCCAGUCCUCAGCCCUGGGUAGUGGUGUUCUCUGGGAGUGGGCCAACGAUGAGGGCACCUGGACAGCUUACGAGAUCCGCACCUCCAUCCUGCUGGAGCAUAGCUACCAAGCAGGACAGGCCACGGCCGACCUGGGCCCACACGGGUACAACUACAUUGUGGACCUCACCGCACUGGAGCAGGUCAACAAGUCCUCCGGCUUCCGCCGUCACGUCCGCAGGCAGGGCAGCGCCCCCUACCCACUCGCCUCGGGUUCAGUCAUCCACUCGGGCCCGGCUUGCACCUGCCAGCAAUGUUUGAGCCACAGUAGCACGGCCGGCCCCAUGCCCAGCCGCUCCCGUCACUCCUUCUCGGCCGGUCAGGCCAGCCGACCCAGUCUCCAGGUUCAGCACGGUAGGGCAACUGGUGCCAGCCCAUCUUCUGUGUACUCGCCCUAUCCCAGGAGGCCUUUAUCCAUGGGGAGCAUGUCAUGGGGAGGCCCCUGGAGCCCAGCUGCUACAUCCAUGGCUCAGCCUCCAGGACCACCACCGUCCUUCUCAAACGCUGCAAAUGGCUUGAGCAUUCCUGCUAUUCCGUUACAGUUGAACGGCUCCAGCAGUGUGAGCACAGCCCUGGCAGGCAUGGCUUCCAUUUUGAUGUCAGCAGCAGGACUGGGAGUUCGCUUCAUGACCGCCCCCUCCUCUCCCCAGCGCGCCUCCGGCAGGCCCAGCAAAGCCCAGGCCAGCUCCGUUAGGAGGGCAAAGAGACAGCCCAGGACAGCCACUGUGCAGAAACCUGAGGAGGUCAUUAAGAAAUACAUGGAGGAAGUGCCUGUUGUCCCUGAUGAGGACUGUAUCAUUUGUAUGGAGCGCCUGAUGUGUCCCUCUGGCUACGACAGUCCAGCAGAGGGCAGCCAGUCCCUGCAGCCCAACACAGUGGGCAAGUUCACUAAAUGUGGACACACUUUACACAUGCUUUGCAUGCUGGCCAUGUACAACAACGGCAACAAGGAUGGCAGCCUGCAGUGUCCCUCUUGCAAGACAAUCUAUGGAGAAAAGACUGGAACACAACCAAAGGGCAAGAUGGAAAUCUACAGUAUCCCCCAAUCCCUUCCUGGCCACCCAGACUGUGGCACCAUACAGAUCAUCUAUAGUAUCCCACCUGGAAUACAGGGUCCUGAGCACCAAAACCCUGGCCAGCCAUACACCUGUCGAGGCUUCCCUCGCUUUGGCUUUCUUCCUGAUAACGACAAGGGCAGAAAGGUGCUGGAGCUGCUAAAGGUAGCGUGGACACGGCGGCUGAUCUUCACCGUAGGCACGUCCAGCACAACGGGGGAGCCGGACACCGUGGUGUGGAACGAGAUCCACCACAAGACGGAGAUGAUGUCCAACGUUUCGGGCCAUGGGUACCCUGACCCCAACUACCUGGACAAUGUGCUCUCUGAGCUGGCCGCGCAAGGCGUGACCGAGGACUGCCUUAAGCGAGACGUGGCGAGCCAGGCGCCUCAAGGCUCAGCCAUGUGAGCUGUGACCACGUAAACUACGCAAUCAUUAAACAGACUUGACUUUAUAGUUAGGUGUAGUAAGAUUUUGAGCAUGUGGAAAUAUUUGGUGCUAGGAUUAAGUGAGCAUCGAAAAUGAAGUCCUCUCCAAAAAAAAACUAUGUUGCACUGUUUUGAAGUCCAUGUGGUGUGGAGUGAAGGUUUCGGUUGCUUGGACAUAACGUGUCACCUUGAGUCUGAAAGGGCUUAGUUGAAGUCUUUAAACCUGGACCUUGAAUCCGGUUUUGGGUCUCGGAUUUUGUGAUUGCUGAUAGGUGAUUCACUAAGUGGCCAAUCAGUCAUAUCAGCAGUUCGCUGACAUUAUCCAGGACUGGAACCUGGAUUCAGGGUCUGGAUUUGAAUGCCUCUGCUCUAAAGAAACAGGUUUGGACCUUUUUCACCAGUUGAUCUGGUCUGCCCACCAGUGCUUUCUUUUGUGGCCACUGUUGUGAAGUUGGGCAAACUUGGAACGUUGCCUUUGAACCCUGUUCACCCUAAUGAGAAAUUGUAGCAGACAGCUGAAGUUUUGGCAAAGUAAUUACACUUAUAGUUCAUUCAUUUAAAAUGUUUUGUAUGCGUACGUUAGGGAUACACUGCUAGAUCAGAUGUAGUUUUCUGUAGUCAUGUAAUUGAGCUUGUUUCUAAUCUGCCUGUUUUCGAUUACUUACACACACACACACACACACACACACACACACACACACACACACACACACACACACACACACACACGCACACACACACUUUCUAAGCCGAUUCUCCCUCAGGGUUGCCGGUGGGGUUAGGGGUUGGGGGGUGCGGUGCUGGAGCCUAUCCCAGCGGUCAUCGGGCGGAAGGCAUGUUUUUGGUUAGCUACGUCAAAAUGGUUCAGUAACGUAGCAUUUCAGACUGGAAACAAUAUGUAGCAACUCUAAACAAAGAUCACUACUGUUUCUCAUGAGGUUCAAUAGAAUUUUUACCAACAUUCUAUAAAGAGUCUCCAACCUCACAGCGGGUUCCUACUAAAGAGCACAUGUGUGAGCAGAGCCUAGAUACGUGAUUGCUCUCCCUUUAUUCUGGUGAUGCAAACAUUUCUAACUGUUCAAAAUCUUAACUAAGUCUUACUUGGUACAUCUCUUAAGGGUGAAAAAGGGACUUGCUCCUAAUGUGUUAUACAGUACAAAGUUGUAGUCUUUGUGAAUGUGUAUGAGUGUGGGUGAUGUGCUGAAUGGGGGGUUUGAACUCCAUCCAACGUCCAUGUUUUCCACCAGCUCUGGAACUUUUGGCAAAGGAAAUGUCACAUUCCUCGUAUUGUUUGCUGUUGUGAGAGGCAGCUAUGGUUUGGGCUUCAACCAUGCAAUUUUCGGUAGCACUUUAGCAUUUGCGGCCCUAGGGUCCUGGUUAAUCAGAAAGGGAUUUUCAGGUCGUGUUUAGCUGCAAGAAACGGGACAGCUGGUUGUCAUUACCAAGUAUUUGGUCAGUGAAGUUGCCUCUAGAGUGACCUCUCUCCCAUCCAGGCAUGGCAUGCAUUUUUAAUACGCAAUUUACAGUACAUUCUGAAACUACUGCUUCCAAUCUGAGUUAAUGAUCUCUCUGCAAAGGAUCUCUCCAAGGUGGCGCCAGCCUCCAGUACCAGGAUUGAUGGUUCUUUUUAGAAGUCACUUGGCAUCACAUUAAAAAAAAAAAAAGGACAAAGAAAACACAGUAUACUCUGUAAUUAUUGCACAUCAAUGCAAAUAGUUUUUACUAGUAUCAUACGAAUUGUAUUACAAAUUAAAGGCACUGUUAAAAAUUGCAGCCAUUUUAAUUUAUAAUUUGUAGUCCUUUUUACAGUUUAUGAUUUCUUAAGUGUUUUUUUUUUCCCAGGUCUGGUCUUCAUCACUUGCUGCUAUUAAGUAGUGUAAUUGAAAGCACAAGAGAAUGUUUUAUUUUGUCAAGUCAAUUCUAAUAUGUGAUAUUUUAUAUUAAGCAACUAUAGUAGCCGUUUUUUUUAUUUGGGUGUUUUUGUUCUGUUGUGAUCCUGGCGUAAAUUACUUUUAAACAUAAUACUCGAUUGGUUAUUGGGACAGGAAACCAUCUAAUGCUACCACUAUACAUAGCACUCUAUUUGAGCUGUACUGGAAGAUUUGAGACUCUGAAAAUGCCGUAACGUUGCUGUUCAAGAAGGUGCCACGGUGACAAUCAGCCUUGCUGGAAAACCACAGCACAUGCAGCAGCUCGCCUUGCCUUUCGAUUCAUCCUUCAUUCUGUCCAUCUGUGACGUUUGGUUGGGUAAUCAAAUGUAUGCAACCGUAUAUAUAAAUAUCUAUAACAUAUCAGCAAUAAACAUUAAGUCCUGCAAUA